UACAAUACGUAUAAGACCGACAUAUUCUGACACAUGAAUGUCUAUGAUGUCAUAGGUUUGCGUUGACAGUUUUCGACGUAACGUUCUCCUCCCUUGUCUCCUCUUUGAUCUCGCACUCUUGAUUAGGCACGAGUCCAGUCGGCCAUUUUUGCUAAGGGGGCUAGAACAAGAUCAAAUAUAAAAUGUUCCUUUCACUCCUUCCAAAAGCAUCUUGUCAGUCCCAAAGUGCUGUUGUACCAACAACAUCCCAGGACACUCCAAAGUUGGGACUUGUCCAGUCUUUGGUAGCUGGAAGAUCCAUUGCUGCAGCUUCUGUUGCGCAAGGAGACAGUUGUGAAUUUGGUUCAUUACACUAUUUCGCCCUUUGUGGUCUUGGAGGUGUGUUGUCCUGUGGUAUCACUCACACAGCUGUUGUCCCACUUGAUCUUGUAAAAUGUCGUAUCCAAGUAGACCCUGCGAAAUACAAAAAUGUAUUCCAUGGAUUCAAAGUUUCAAUGGCUGAAGAAGGUACGAGAGGACUGGCCAAAGGAUGGGCCCCCACAUUCAUAGGUUACUCCAUUCAGGGACUCUGCAAAUUUGGUCUCUAUGAAGUAUUCAAAGUAUUUUACUCUGAUUUAAUUGGAGAAGAGAAUUCAUACCUUUACCGCACCUGGUUAUAUCUUGGUGCCAGUGCUUCAGCUGAAUUCUUUGCUGACAUCGGUCUUUCACCCCUAGAAGCUGCUAAGGUCAAAAUUCAAACUACACCAGGUUUUGCAAAUACCUUGAGAGAAGCAUGGCCUAGAAUCAUGAGAGAGGAGGGUGUCAAUGGUUUCUACAAAAGUUUGGUUCCACUAUGGAUGAGACAAAUCCCUUACACAAUGAUGAAGUUCGCCUGUUUUGAAAGAACAAUUGAACUUCUGUACAAAUAUGUAGUACCUAAACCUAGGGCAGAUUGCACUAAAGGAGAACAGUUGGUAGUAACCUUUGCUGCUGGUUAUAUUGCUGGUGUUUUCUGCGCCAUUGUAAGUCAUCCAGCUGACACAGUUGUAUCGAAAUUGAACCAAGAGAAAGGUGUCUCCGCUUUGCAAGCCGCUCAAAAAUUGGGAAUGGCAGGUUUAUGGAAAGGAUUAACACCAAGGAUAAUUAUGAUUGGUACUUUGACGGCCUUACAGUGGUUUAUCUAUGAUGCAUUUAAGGUUGCCAUGCAUAUGCCAAGACCACCACCACCAGAGAUGCCAGAGUCUCUCAAGAAGAAGUUGGAAGCAGAAGGAAAAGCUGUAGCAUAAGUUGAAAUAAGAUUAAAACAAAUAAUUUAAAUCAAUUUCCAAAGCAAGAUUCCAGUAUUCAAAGAUAUUGAAUGAUUACCAUAAGAGCUAUUAUCAAGAUGAACUCAAUUAAUUGGAUGAACUAAGAUUAUCAUUUUUGACACUAUUGAAAUCCAUUUAUUUAUGUCUUUUAGAUUGUAUAUAGGCGAAAUAAAUAGUGUUAAAAUUA